GCGCACGCCCUCGAGGUGCGAGGGUAUCGUCGUGUCUUACUGUUCCCCGGCGUUCCUCCGCACGGUCUUCAUGGAGGUUUUUGACCGCCGAUCUCUCGCGAGCUCUCCGAUCACCGUUGCGGCGUCCGCGGCGUGCACCGAGCGUUGAUGAAACGGUCGCGCGAUCGGCGCGUGUGCUGCGUGGAUUCAGUUUCGGCAUAGUGGCGAAAACCGAACGGCGAGAGCGGGCGAAGGAGUGAGGGAGAGUGAGAGGAGAAGGACGGUCGGAGUGUGCGGCUCGUGAUCGAUCCCACAGUGUAUCCCGCCGAGGUGUUUUCUUUUCGCGGUCCUGCCGUUGAUCCCGAUUAUGUCGCUGAUCGUGUGCGCCGAUAGAUCGCUUUGACUCGAGGUGCACGUAAGCGACAGAACGGCCGCAACGAUGUUACCGCAGACACCUGACAUCAUCCCGACCACGCUCAGUCAGCAAAAAUGCGUGAAAGCGCGAGCCUUGUACGACAAUAUCGCCGAGGCGCCUGACGAGCUGGCUUUCCGGAAGGGUGACGUUCUCACCGUACUCGAGCAGAACACCGCUGGUCUUGAGGGAUGGUGGUUGUGCGCACUGCGAGGUCGACAGGGCAUCUGUCCGGGAAAUCGAUUGAGGCUUCUGGUCGGCCAAUACGACACGGGGGGUUGUUUGGUCGGCAGCAGGGCCGACCUAACCAUUUCGGAAGAUGGCAUACAGAGACACGGGAAAAGGCGUAGCUGGCACGUACAACCCAACAGAGUUGUGACGCCGCAGAAGUGCGGGGACGUCUACCUGUACGACCUCCCAGCUAGCCGGGGAAGCCCCGCGCCGCCCUCCAGACACGAAUCACCCCUCAACUCGACGAACAAUGAGCACUCGCACAAUACGGGACGCUACACCAGCAACAGCGUGCGGAGCUCCGUCGACAACGGGGGCGGCGACACGAACGAGUGCUACGACGUGCCGCCGCGCGCGAUCCCCGUCAUCUCGUCGCCGGCGAGCAGCCCGAGCCCGGCCCCGUCGUGCUACGAUAUCCCGAGGCCGCCGACGUCCUGCACGCCUAAUUCCAAUUGCUCCGCCGGAUCCGGCAUCACGCCGCUGGAUUGCUACGACGUGCCGCGGCCCCUGCAGCCCCUAACUCCCAGCAGCUCGGCCUCCAGCCUCACCAACGACGGAUCCCUCAGCGGGUCGAACAGAUCGAGUUUGGCCGCCCCGGAUUACGAUGUGCCCCGGCCGCGUCUUCCGGUCUCCUCCUCGUUGCCGUCCCGACACAACACCCCCGUGCCGAAGACCCCGACGCCACCGCCACCCACGCAGCAGAUCUACGACGUGCCAGUCAGCAAGGAGCUUCCGCUGGAGCUGGACUCCGCCCUGGAAGGCCUGCAGAGGCUGCAGAGCGAGGCGUCCGCCGCGAUAGCGAGAUUGCUCGGCUUCGUGAGUCCCGGCUGGCGAACGCCGCAGCGACUGGACGCCACCCUCAUGGAUCUCAGACUAGCCGCUCUCAGGCUCAGAACAUCCUUGCACGAUCUGGCCGAAUUCGCAGAAGGUACGCUGGGCAACGCGGGCAAGGCGCCGGAUAAGGGUCUGGCGACGAAAUUACGGCCGCUCGUGAAGGCGCUUCGUGAUUCCGACAAGCUCGUGCAGGAAGCCGCCACUGAAUUGGACACGAUGGAAUGGGACGCGAGUAAGCUCUGUCGCGGCGGUGGCGAUACGCCGACACCUACCAACGGAUCCCCGCCUUCGCUGCUACCGUCUGUGCAGCCGGAUCCCCUCGAUCAGCUGAUCGCGUGCGCCCGGGCACUCACGGAAGACGUUCGUCAGGUCGCGAGUUUCAUUCAGGGAAAUUCCACGUUGCUUUUCAAACGGGCGUCGAUCAUUUCCACGGGCAGCAGCAACAACAGCGGCGCCGGCGAAGAUUACGACUACGUGAAUCUCGAUUCGCGGGAAGUCGUGGCGAAGCAGCGCGAGGAGCUGCGGGCCGCGUUGCCGCAGGAGCUGCGCAGCAAUUACGAUCUGUUGGUGUCAGAGGCGGACAAUGCGACGAUUCAGAUGCCACCCACGACACCGACGCCCAUGGAUCCCAGUGACAAGCAAUUGCUGGCCUUCUACGCCGCUCAGGUGAUCACGCACGGCGCGCACCUGACACACGCCAUCGACGCCUUCCUGCAGACAGUCGAGCACAAUCAGCCACCCAAGGUUUUCCUCGCUCACGGCAAAUUCGUUGUGCUGAGCGCGCAUCGACUCGUGCACAUUGGCGACACGGUGCACCGGAACGUGACGCGCAACGACGUGCGAACGCGCGUGCUGCAAUGCGCGAACGCCUUGAACGAGGCGCUCGGGCAUACCGUGCAAAAGACGAAGCAGGCCGCCCAGUUCUUCCCGAGCGUCACCGCGGUCCAGGAUAUGGUCGACAGCGUGGUCGACGUCUCGCAUCUAGCCAAGGAUCUCAAGGUCGCCAUGAUACACGCCGCUCAGCAGCCCUGAAGAGGAUUUCCUCACGACACAGUCGCGAAACUACAAGUUCCUCGAAUUGAAACGCAGUCCUUAUGAUCGACAGCUGCUUCCUCAGAGAGAUACUUUGAGACUGCGGACGAUUGAAGCAACGUAUGUUAGAGUUUACCCAACGCGAUCAGGUUGAACACCGAUCGUGUUGCCAAUUCGAAGAUAACGUUCGAAGAAUCGGACGUAUUAUUAUCUACAUUUUCGUCGAAGCGUUUCGAGCAAACGUCGCUUUUUCAUGAAGCGUGAAUGUGCGCUCUUGUAAAAGGACGGAUCAAAAGUAUCUCAGGAAAGUCUCGCGAAUUCUUCAAGCGUUAUUUACGAGAUGCGAAUCAUCGAUGGCUGCUGCUGUUGCUUUGAUGGCUUGAACCACUCACUGACGAGAAUACAAUUUCAAGUCUCAUAUUUUUUUUAAAAAGGAAACGAGCAUCAGUGCAAAAGAAGUAUUUCACUUAGGAAUCCUGUACUCUCAAUUACAAACGGCGAGAUAAUCAAAUAUGAUCCGUUUUACAAAGCAGAGAACAAAUCUGGAUACCCGCGCACGUUAGCAUCUCCCAUGCAGCUGCUACUUCAUCCCUUCGCGCUAUCACUAAACAGAGAAUCCGUGGCCUAAAAUAGAAACCUACUACUGCCAAAGCUCCGGUAAAUAGAUCGUAAGAAACGAGAAGAAAACCACAAUCUUGAGGCAAGUGUCUUUGUAAACGUACUCAAGAAUUAUAAACAUUUGUAAUCUUACAUAGGAAUCAUGUAGCCAUGUCGUUUCAACUAGGCAUUCAGGUAGAACGUGUGGAAUAAAAUAUAAUGAAGCUAAGUGGUAGCUUGCUGGCACGCGUGAGGCACUCCCGAAGUGAUUUGGGCGAAUUGGCGACUCGGCAGACAGCGUUUGUCCGCCGUGUCGCGGAGCGCCAUUUCGGCGGCGCGCCAACGCGACGUAUGCAGCUAAACGUGUUAGUAGUUUCGUAGAUGUACGUAUACAGUAGAAUAUACACGCGUGCGCACAAUACACACGCAACUAGACAACGUGUAUUCAUAUUUUUCUCUUCAAACCGGUUUCGAUCGGUCAGCUGUGAAUCUCAAUUUAACCGAUUCCCCUUCCAAGAAGCGAAAUACAGACAAGAAUAAGUUAAACUGCGGUUUACAGUCGACUCGAUAUUUCCGAAAUCGACGAUCGGCGACGUCGGUGGUGCAUUUAAACCGUUUUUCCGUAGAGAACUCGUUGCUUUCGCCCGAAAGGCGAAAGAUCAAUAUGAAUACCGAUUGAGGAACAGUCGCGUUUCCGUUUCUACAGUUCAAUCGAGAACACCAAGAAAAAUUCGAUAGUAAGUUCCCCCGCGGAGGGGGGGGGGGAAAGGGGGGAGUACGCUUUUUGGGAUACCCUUACGGCAAAUUACUUGUUACGAGUGGUUUUUUUGAAAGACUACUUUAAACGGAUUUUAUACGAAGCUUUUACCGCCGGGUUACGACUUUUUCGGGCGCCCAGGCCUUUUUACCAGGCUCUUCCACAACAGCGAAUUAGUCACGAACGCACAACGUGAGCCGCAAUCCAGCGGCGGAUCGAAUUUCUAAACUGUUUUUCGCCGGAAACCACCACGAUAAGUACAUGUACUCGCGAAUUUUCUCGCACAACGAGACCGACAACGCCUUUCUCAUAGAACGAACGAACGAUGAUGUUAUUAAAAUUAAGGACACCCGAGUCGCCUGCGGCAGACUUGCGCGGACAAACAGAUAUCCGAGAAACGUAAAUGCAUUUUCGAUCAAAUCUUUUUCAUAUCCCCGAUUGUUCGUUUAAACGAAUCGUGGAAUUGCACUUUUUAAUUACUUACAACCAUCGAAACGGUCUUUUUUACAUUAAAAUAGACUCUAAGCUGUAGAUCUGACAAUAUCGUCGCGUUAAAAUCCUAAGCUAGAUUAUUUUCGAGCGUAUACUUGUCGAGGCCAAGAGCACGAUCCAAUCGCUAUUUCGCGGCGCACUCGUUCCGAUGGCAUUCUCUACAUGCGAAAGUGUACUUAAAAAUAACUUGCCGAUUAUAGGACUCGCUCAACACAUGCGAAACUUUCCGACUUUCUAUCCAUUGGAGUUUUUGCUGCGUCUCGAUGAAAACAUAUAAUUGUAUGACUGUGAACGCGAUUAUAUAUGUCGCCAGCCGUGUAUUAAGAUGUAACCGGCCGUUUUUUGUUGCAGCCUUAACGAGCAUUUAGUAGAAUGCCUUCUACUCUAUGAAAUUUUAUCUCUUUCGACUUUCGUUUCACUUAAAGAAUUGAUUGCUGAACUGCUUAAUGAAUUUAUUAUUAUUGUAAUAGAAAUGAGACAUCAUGUACUCUUUAGGGCAAUUUCUAACAUUUAUUUUUACGAUAGUUAUUUACACACUUUUAUUUUUUAGAGAUUAUAUAUCUAAGCAUAUCGCGUAUAGAAAAGCGUUCGUACACGAACCUCGUUUACGAGGCCUGUAUUAUAAUUUAUCGACGAAGCGUUUUUGUAAUAUAAUACAUAUGGCAGGCAGUUGCAUAUAUUAUAGAAUAUUUAGAGCUGUAUAUUUAGAAAUUUAUAUGAUAGUCGAAUCGAUAGGUGCUUAUCAUCCGCGUUGAACUAUUAUUACUAUGUAUUCAGGUAUAUCAUGUCAUAAACAUUAACUUGGACUCGUUUCUCCGUUUUGUAACGCAGAUCGACGAAUAUUCAUGCGGAACGUUAGUUCGCCGUUUCCCUGAUUUCCCUGUUUUGUACAUUGUACCUGGAAGAUCCUUUCGCGUAUACCAUCGUAUACCAUUCUCGCGACCAUUCGUAGACUUAUAUGUGUAUACACAUAAUAACAUUUCGUAUUAUUAUAAAUUGUAAAACAAGCUGCAUAUCGAGAGCGGAUUAUUCUAAGGCGAGGAAAAACUCUCGAUGUGGCGCGCGUGAUAUCUUUAGAAGAUUUACUACACAUCGAAAACACUCGUUUUAUCAUAAAUGACGCUUAAAUCAUGCUUUCGAUAUAGCCGUGCGAGGACAAUUCCUGCGUUUUAUUAUUAGAGAUUCCUUCGUGCCGUUCGUGCAGAGCUGAGAUGCGUUGCGAACUAAACAAUUGAUUAUGUUACCUUAAGAACAUCUUAUUUGUACAUAGACAUAUUUAUACAUAUAUAUAUAUAUAUAUAUAUACAUAAUUAUUCCUAUUACAAAAAUGGAGUAUGUAUACAUGAGCGGAAUAAUAUACCCGAGACGCAAUAGUGGAGUAAAUUUGUUUGAAUAUCGUGCAAUGUCAAAAAUAAUUUCUAAGACAAAGUAUACAGAAAGAACAAAGUAUUUGGAGAAGAAAAUAUCGAGAUGAAUAUAUUCGUAGAUUCGACUUUAAAUGUAAGCAAAACUUGUAUAAAUUGAAUCCAUUUUCA